GUGCUAUAUCUGCUAAUCAUCAGCCCAGCGUAGAAUGCCUUCAUGAAUCUUACUACGGCCGCAUUUCCAGCCUACCAAGUGGAGCCUGACCUUCCUCAUGUGCGGGGGCGACUUUGCUGCCUCAGCUACGUUGGCCAAGAUUUGGUAUAUGCGAGACAUCAGCAGGUUGACCAAUGUCACCUAUGCGUGGGCACAAAUAUCUCUCUGCUAUCUAGCCGAACUCUUCAUUCUCAUAAUCACUGGCUCGCUUCCAACGCUACGGCCGAUCAUGCGUAUUUGCUGCAGCGAAGGUUCAUCAAAGUACGCACGCUUCGCGGCUCUCAAGAAAGGCAACAACCAAUCAAGCAGCACCUCGCCAUAUGACGGUACCACGAUGGCUGGUACUCUGGGUUGGGAGCUACCAGAAAUCGAAAACAGCCAAAGAAAAGAUAGCUUAGAAGACCUUACGGCGUUGCCACCGUUCCACGCAAGACCAGAAGUCAGGAUUGCCCCUUCAAAUUCCUCGGGCCGGCUUCUAGUAUGGCGCAUCAAACUCAGACCAGAAACACUAUCACAGUUCAACAAGACUUCAGUCGGACGUACGAGCGAUCUCCAAGAGACUCCGUGUUUUUGGAGAGCGUAG